AUGUUUCUUGAUGAAUUAAAAGAGAUUCCAGAGAAGGAAGGGUUCGGAAAUGUAGUUUCGAUGAAGCUAUCACCUUCAAGAACAUACGUUUUAUAUAUUUCUACAGACAAAAUAUGGAUUACAAAGGGAAAUAAUCCAAAUUUAGAAAUUAUCGCAUCUCUCCAGUUAGAAAAAUCAUUUACUGAAACAAACGGAUAUCUAUCUGCAUGUGGAUGGCUAAUUAGGGAUAGCUUUUACUGCAUGACUAAUCAAGGAUCAAUAUUAAUUUACAUUUUUAACAAUGCAAAGCAAAUUCAACUUCGAAAGACAUUCAAACAUCCUAAAAAUGGAAUGUUUACUUCAGUAGAUUCAUAUAAUGGAUAUGUUGCUGCUGGUGACGCCAAUGGAAACUUAUUUUUAAUUUCCCCAGAAAGCGGUGAUUCAAUUUGCCAUAACCUUGGUAAUAUAGCAAUUAAAUCUAUAGCGAUUUCCAAGCGAAAUGGUCUUAUAUUAGCAGGGGAUGGCUCAACGUAUUCAAUAGAUCUUCAACCACAAAUAUUGCAUCAAACAAACUAUGAUUUGAAGUGCAAGGAUAUGGAAUUCAAUGCAUACAAUAUUGUUUCAUCCUCAUUUGCUAAUAUUGCCGCGGCAUAUACAACUGAUGGGUCUGUUUUCGUGACAAACUUCAACUUAAAGCGUAUUAUAUCAACAGAGCAUCGCAUUUCAAAAUUAGCUUUUGGCCCAGAUUCUACACUUUUCUGUAUAUCUCAUGGAUAUAUUGGAAUAUUGCCAAGUAUGCAGCCAAAAUUCAGAUUUUAUAAACUCGAUCAACUCAACGAUGCAUUUAAUUUCGUUGUAAGUCGUACUCUUCUGAUUAUUUCAAAUGAAAACAAAUUUUAUUACUCUGAGAUCAUAAACAUCCCAAUUAAUCCAUCAUAUCCAUUCAUUUACACCAGAUCCAAUGUAACUUACUACGUUAAUAACGAAAACAAAAUCUUUACAAACGUAAUUACAAAACCUCAAGAUUUGCGAUCGAUUAAACAUUGUGUAACAAAUGGAUACUACUUUGCAUACAUUGGAUGUGGCCGAUUAUAUUUAUACAAUACAGUAAAACGUGUUUGGAUCAAAUCAAAUCAACAAUCUUUGAAAAAUACUAAGCAUCUCAUCUUCCAUGGCGAUACAUUAGUUGUUGUUCAUCAUGAUGUGUUCUCCCAUGAAUGUAUUGUUCGAUUUCUCGAGGUUUCCGAUGAAAAACAGAAAACAAUUAAGACAAUUAACCUCAAAACAGUUCCAAACUGCGUCAGAUCAGAUGGAAAGAACUUAACAUUUGCUUUCAACGACUCUGUCAUGGUUUAUAACGGAGAUGUCAGCACAUUCUUUAAUUACUCUUCAACAAUCGCCGAAACUCACAACGAUAACGUUUAUACACUGGCAAGAGGAAGAAGAUUACAAUGUAAUGGCUCCGACAUUUUUGAAAACGUGACAAAUUAUUUGGUCGACCACACAACUGGCAUAUUAAUUUUUUCAUCAUCAGAAAAUGAUUUAUAUACAAUAGAUUUGAGGAGCAAAAAGAUUAAAUAUUUAGAUUCUCAAAUCGGUUAUCUUUGCGGUUUGUUUACAACUCAGAAUUAUUGUUUAGUUUACAACGACUUUACAAAAGAAUUUUCCAUUGUAAACUACUUUGGCAAGACGUUUGCCAGCAAGAUCCAUGACAUCGAGAAGUUGUCUAUUCUCAUGAUACCUAUACAAACCAAUCCCGACUUCGAAAAUUUCAUUGAAGACGGAGUAAUUUCGUCAUUAGAUGAUGGAAGGGCGGAUAAACUUGUAGAAUUCGUGAGACACAAGCCGAGUGUGUUCAAAUUGUUCCCUAAACCAUAUUACUCGGCUACAGAGAUACUUUGCCAUUUCCUUGCUUUGAAAAUUUCAUCGAAAGAAGAAAAUCAAAUUAUCAAAUUUGAAAACGAUGAAAAAAUUUCAAAAGUCAUUCAUGCAAACUAUUCUUCUUUAAUCAGAUACAUAGGUCGUGAAGAAGGACAAGUUGCAUCAGUGUGUUGCGCAAUAGAAGUACUAAGGAAAUGCUACAGAGAUGAAGACGAAAUCAACAACGCAUUGAGCUGUGUUGAAUUACCUUUUCCAAGGUCAAUAACGGACAAAACUGUUCAAAAAUAUUUGUCUGAGUUGUAUUUCGAUGUUGUUGAGAAAUGCGUGUAUGGAUUAGUCUGCAUUAAGAGACCUUACGUAAUACCUUAUUUGUGCGCACAGACGAAAAAGAAUCCUGUUGUCAGUUUGCAGAAAUUCAAAGAACCAAAAAUUUCUGCAUUAAAAUGCAUUGAAAUUUUGUCACUUUUUAUCACUCAAAAUCCGACAAAAAUACAAUGUGUUAAAGAUCUUUGCGACAUGUUUAGCCAAUGCAAAUACAAUGUUUGGUUUUGCGCUUGUUAUUUAGUUACAGGAAAUGUUGCAGCCGCUGAAAAAAUUUUGUCUUUACCUGAUUUCAAGGAAAUUCGCGAGAAUAUUAAAGCUUCGAAAUGGGCACAUCUACUACAGUAA